AUUUGCAAAAAGAACAGGAGUAUUUAUGGCACCUUAGAGACUAACAAAUUUAUUUGAGCAUAAGCUUUCGUGAGCUACAGCUCACUUCAUCGGAUGCAUUCCUGUUAUUUCAAUUUGUUAGUCUAGUUAAUCUGUGCAUCCAUCCACAGAUCUAUCCCCAUGCACACUCAUCAUCUAAUCUAUCCAUCCGUCCCUUUCCACGCCCAUCUAAUCUAAUGCAUCCAGCCCAUCUAUCCAUCCAUCCCUAUCUAAUAUUCCCAUACAUGCUCAUCCAUCCAUCUAUAAUCUAUCAUGCAUGGGGACAAUCUAAUUUGUUCAUCAGUGUGAUAUCUCAAAUUGGGGGUAAGAGUUUAUAAUGAUUCCCCAUCCUGUAUCCUCUUUUCCCCUCUCCCAGCGUCCCUUCACUCAACCUUCUGCAAUCCCUUCUCCUAGCCCCUAUGGCUGUUCUGCAAACCUUUCUAGAACUUUCAGUUCUUUAUGACCUCAGCACCCUGAUACAUGGAUUCUGAACCACUCCUAGCCUGCAGUGAGGUCACGCCAACACUACAAACAGCGUGCAGCCUGCCUCCUGGAGCUAAGUACCCCCUCCAGGCAUUAUGGUCAGCAUCAGAGUUACCAAGCAACUGGUCCUUACACCUAGCAUGGGAUGGAGAGAUAUGAGCUGGAAGGACUCCUUUGUCACUAUUACUUUCCCCAGCAAAGUAAUCUUCACCAGUGCCUCCCUCCUGCUGCUGCUGGUUCACAUGGGUAUCUUCGGAGGAGACCUCUACCACUUCACUGUGACCCAGAAGUUCAAUCUCAUGAGCUUUCAUGGCACCACAGUACUACUGGUAUCCCAUGUGAUGAGCUUUUACUGGGCCUUGCUUGCAACAUUUUACACGUUGGAGGCCAAUGACAAGGUUCUCAGGGGGUUUGCCCUGACCUCAUUGGACAAUGUCUCCCCUCCUCUGAGGCGCAGGUCUGAGAGGAUUGCAGGGUCUCCUACCAGGCGUGGCCCCCAGAGGAAACCUCUUUUGGAGAAGAAGAUGGUGGGGAGCCCACUUCCAGCUCCAGUGGUGAAGCGAUUGAUCAUGGUGAAAAAGAUCAUGCCCCGAAAACAGCAGCCUGCUGUUGCUUUAACUGAAGUAGAACAAACCCCAUGCAUGACUGGUACUGCUUUGACUCCACGGCGCAGCCCCAGGAUCUCCCAGAAGGCAGGAAAGGAGAACUUCCCCGUGGAAAGCAGCGAGGCCAAAGGAUGUGGAAGCACUGAUGCUAACCCAGUCUUAGCAUCAUCUCUCCCUGCCAAUGCCUCAGGCCUGGUGGAGAAGGCUGCCCUGUCUACAGUUAGCAUCAACAUAUGUGACUCUCCUCCCCAGGAUGAGAGGGAUGUGCUGAUGUCUAAGAAAGUGCGCCGAUCCUACAGCCGUCUGGAUGCCUCACCCAGCUUGGACAUGUCAACACCCACAUUCGCCCAUGGCCUGCAGAAGAAGUGCUCACUCUUUGGCUUUGAGAAGUUCCUAGUGCCUGAUGCACUGGCAGAUGUGUCUCCAGUGGGUAAGGUUUCCCCUGCCCAAGAGACUCCAGUGGAGCCCAGUGCCUUGGGCUCCACUAAGGAAUGGGACACAAACAUUCCUGGCAUCUCCUUUCCCAAAGAGAAACGGAAGAAAAGGAGGAUCCCCCAGAUAGAUAAAUCUGAACUGGAUGAGUGGGCUGCUCAGAUGAAUGCACAGUUUGAAGAAGCAGAGCAGUUUGAUCUUCUUGUGGAAUGAAACCUCUCCCCAGUAACUUGCAUUAUUCUUUUGUACAUAGAGCUGACGUGUUGUUUUUUCACUCUAAUAAACUGGUUCUGUAUGUC